AUGGAGGAAGUAAGAGCUGUUGUCUUCUCCAUGAAUCCAAAUAGUGCACCAGGUCCUGAUGCUUUCUUCAGUAGCCACACAAUGCCUAGAUACAUGACUCAAGCAUGUCUGGUUUUACUCCCCAAAGUUGAAUUUCCCAGUUCCCUCUCUGAAUAUAGGCCCAUCAGCUUGAGCAACUUCAUCAAUAAAAUCAUCUCCAAGCUUAUUUGUUCAAGAAUCUCCACUUUCCUCCCCAAAAUGAUUUCUCCCAACCAAACUGGUUUUGUAAAAGGAAGAAGUAUCUCUGAGAAUAUCAUGCUAGCCCAGGAAAUUGUUCAAGGAAUAAAAAAGCCAAACAUUGGUGCCAAUGUUGUGAUCAAAUUAGACAUGGCCAAAGCCUAUGAUAGGGUCUCAUGGUCCUUUACCUGCAUCAUUUUGAGGAGACUUGGAUUCAGUGAACUGCUAAUUGAUAUGGUGUGGAGGACCCUUUCUAAUAAUUGGUACUCAGUCAUAGUCAAUGGCACAAGAUGUGGUUUCUUCCAUUCUACAAGAGGUUUGAAACAAGGAGACCCCCUUGCUCCUGCCCUCUUUAUCCUUGGUGCUGAGCUCCUGUCUAGAAUGCUCAAUAAUCUCACACAUGACCAAUUCUUCAAUGGCUUUUAUAUGGAGAGAAGAGGGCCUCAAAUAACUCAUUUAAGCUUUGCUGAUGACAUAAUCAUCUUCACCUCAGGCAGUACAUACUCUCUCCAAAAAAUCAUGGACACCCUCCAAUCCUAUGAAAACACAUCUGGCCAGCUGAUCAACAAGAACAAAAGCCACUUCAUGACUUCUUCUUCUGCCUUUCCCUACACCAUCAGAAGGAUUAAACAGAUAACUGGUUUCACAAGAAAAGAAUCCCCUCUUACUUACCUUGGUUGCCCCCUAUAUACUGGUAGGAAAAGAACUGUGCACUUCAAUCCCAUUGUUUCUAAAGUAGUGGGGAGGAUCAGGGGAUGGCAUGGCAAACUUUUGUCCUAUGGAGGGAGAGCCACCUUGAUUAAACAUGUUCUUCAAUCCAUUCCAAUUCACCUCCUUUCUGCUGUGUCUCCUCCUAAAACAGUGUUAAGACAAAUUGAGAAGCUGGCUGCUAACUUUUUCUGGGGUAUGGAUAGUGACAAAAACAAAUACCAUUGGGCCUCCUGGCAACAGCUAUCAAACACACUUGAUGAAGGUGGUGUGGGCUUUAAGAGCAUUGAACAUGUAUGCAGAUCAUUAGAGCUCAAACAAUGGUGGUGGUUCAGAACCAAACAAACUCUUUGGAGCAGUUUUCUUAAAGCAAAAUACUGCCAAAGAUCCCAUCCUGUCCAAAAAAAAUGGGAUUCUGGCCAAUCCCAAACUUGGAAGAAACUGAUGUCCAACAAGAAAGAAGCUGAACCUCACAUUCAAUGGAUCCUUCACUCAGGGUCCUCUAGUUUCUGGUGGGAUAACUGGCUAGGCAGUGGUAAUUUGGCAAGCUUCAGACAACAAAGGGGUAGACCUGGGAACAUCAAAGUCUCCUCUCUUUGGAGUUCAGGAAGCUGGGACAUCCACAAGCUCAACAACCUAGCCCCUCCUCAUAUGAUUCAAACCAUCAUCCAAACACCCAUCCACUUCAAUCCUCUUGUCCCAGACAAGCCAAUUUGGACACCUACUGCUAGUGGUGAUUUCACAUGUGCCUCUGCAUGGCAUGUCAUAAGACAGAAAAAACCUAAACUCCUCACCAAUACUUUAACUUGGCAUAAAAGGAUCCCUUUCAAAUGGUCCUUCUGCCUGUGGAGAGCCUUGAGAAACAAACUUCCUACAGAUGCUAGAGUAGCAAGAUUUAGCAAUCCAACGGUCAGUAAAUGUGUUUGCUGUAUCAGACCUGGCUUUGAGACUGUUGAUCACCUGUUCAGUACUGGGCACUUUGCCAAAACAGUUUGGAAAAUCUAUGCAGCACCAAUGGGAAUUCAAAUCAACCCCAUGCCCCUCAGCAUGCUCAUUGUCAAAUGGGGACUUCUGAAAAGAACAAACUUAGUCCACAAGCUUAAAAACAGAUGUAGCUCAAAAUAUGGUAGCAAGAACUCAUCCCUUUCCAGAACUUGCUAUUCCAUUGAAACUGAUAUCAACCUCCUCCUCAAAGCCACCUAUGGGAACAUACACUGGCCAAUAAAAUGGCCAGACACUGCCCUCAUCAUUGAGAAUCUUAGUCAUCAGGUUAGAAUCUAUCAGGUUGCAUGGGGAAAGCCUGCUAGUGGAGUUGUGAAAGUAAACACUGAUGGAAGUGCCCUAGGGAACCCAGGAAAAAUUGGAGCAGGAAUCAUCAUUAGAGAUCACAAUGGGAACUUCAUCCAUGCCAUCUCAUCUCCCUUAGGUGAAGGAACCAAUAACCAAGCUGAAACCCAGGCAGCACAUAUAGGUAUCAUGUCUACUCUCCAGAUCACCUUUUGGGGUAGCUCCCACUGGUUGACAUUAUCCUCUCCAAUGUUCAAUCAAUUGAGAGAAUACCCUCUAAAAGAAAUAGACCCCCCUUGGUCCAAUACAUACUCUCACAUGCAACAUAACCUGCAGAUUCUAGAUGCAGAAAAAGCAGAAAUUCCAGGAAACCAUCCAUCAGUUUCAGUCAGUGGUAUCAGCAUUUCAUAUGCUCAUUCUGCUGAAACUGUAUCAAUUGAUGCAAGUCUCUCCAUCCAGCCUUAUAUGCACCCAUCCACAUGCCUCAAGACAGAUCCAUCACUCACAACAGCAAGCCAAAUGCCAGUCUCUCCAAUUCACAAUCAAACAGUCACAGACUCAACAUUCUGCACUAAUGCUCCUACACUCACAACAGCUGAAAAUACAGCAGAUCUUUAG